CUGCACCCGCUGCUAAUGAAGAACAAGCACUUCCGUGCCCUGUCCUGUCAGACAACGCUUGGUUUCAGCGAGACAGUCAAGAUGGCAGGUCGCCGUUUAGCCCUGAAGGCUGUGGACUGGGUGGCAUUUGCCGAACGGGUUCCACCCAACCAAAGGGGCAUGUUUAAUGCUCUGAAGACCCGCAGUGAUGCUAUUGCUGCCAAACUAGCAUCUCUCCCAGAGGCUCCUGCUGCCAUUGACUGGAGUCACUACAGGAAAGCGGUGGCUGUACCUGGUAUGGUUGAUGAGUUUGAGAAGAAGUUUAAAGCACUGCAGAUCCCUGAACCUGUUGACACACAAACAAGUGCUAUCAAUGCACAGGAGGCUGAGGCAAACCAAAGUGCACUGGCCUACAUUGAAGCAUCUAAGGCUCGCAUCGCUCAGUAUGAGCAAGAGUUGGAUAAGUUUAAGAACAUGAUACCCUUCGAUCAGAUGACCAUUGAAGACCUCAACGACACUUUCCCAGAGACCAAGUUGGACAAGGUCAAACACCCAUACUGGCCUCACAAGCCAAUUGCUGAACUGUAAAUCUAUUACUAAUGCUCAACUCACAAUAAAGACUAUGUAUUUUAAAGUGAA